AUGUCGUGUUCGGACUCGGACUCGGACUCGGACUACGAUGGCGGCGACGGCAGCGGCGGCACGUCCACGUCGGUGCGGCGGUGCCUCGCCAAGAUUGGGAUCGACCCCGCCGGGCCCGAGCUGACGCGCUGCGCGAGCCUCACGGAGGAGUUUACGGCGAUCAAGAAGGCCUACUUCAAGAAGAUCCUGAUGGUCCACCCGGACAAGGGCGGCGACGCGGCCGAGUUCCGCGACGUCAACUCCUCGUGGGAGCUCAUCCGCAAGCUCUACGAGGACCGGGCCGUGCCGUCGUUCGUGGCCGCCGCGGAGUCGACGACACAGGACAGAUACGACUACGACUAUAAUAGCAGCGGCGGCGGCGGCGGCGCUGCUAGGUCUGCGUCCCCAUCGACCACCCACAUGCCCUGGCAGUACUACUACGACGCGGCGGCGGAGGAGGUGCCCCCGUACAAGGUGGAGCUGGCCAGGUCCGGCCGGAGCAAGUGCACCCAACGCACCCAGUCGGCGCGGCGGUGCGCCGACGAGGGGCCGCUCAUCGGGAAGGGAGAGAUCCGCAUCGGCUCCCUCGACGCGCAGUCCGGGUCGUACGGCCGCUGGGUCCACCUCAAGUGCUGGCGCGUGCCCAGCCGGAUAUGGAUGGGGCUCGCGCAGGCCGACGGGGACGGCGGUGGCGGCAGCGGCGGCAUCCUGGAGGCGUGCGUCGCCGCCCUCUCGGGCAUGAACGAGGUGCAGUUCACCGGAUUCAACGAUCUGUCCCCCCACGACCAGCGGCAGGUCGCGGCCCACGCCGCGGACAAGAGUAACUGGGCGAGCCUCCAGGGUAGGAGGAGGGUCCGCGCUGCGGACGUCGGCACCGCCUCCUCCUCCGGCCGCGGCAGCAGCGCCGGAGCAGGCGGUGCCAGCAGCGGCGGCGGCAGCAGCGGCAGCGGUAGCGCUCCGGCGCACGCCGCGGGGGCAAGUGAUGCAGCCGGUGGCUCUUCCUCCUCCUCCUCCUCCUCCCACUACUCAGCAGCCGGUUCCGGAUAUUCGACCUAUGGCCCCGCGUCGCCCGUCGCCGCCGCCGCUCCUCCUCCGAGCGGUUCAGCGGUAAGUCGCUUCCAACCCCAAGAGUCGAUGGUGGCCCCGUCCGCCGCCCGCCGCCGCUUCUACGUCGUCCCGCGGCCGGGCGUCAACGGCGCGCGGGCGGACUUCCUCAAGGGCAAGACGAUCGUCAUGACGGGGGUCUUCCCGGAGAUCGGGGGAGGGGCCGGCCUUAACCAGGGCAAGGACAGGCUCCGGAGCAUGUGCGAGUCCUUCGGCGCGAGGGUGACUUCCGCGAUCUCGGGCAAGACCGACAUGCUCAUCGUGGGGAAAGAGCCGGGCGCGAGCAAGGUCGGGAAGGCGAACGCCUCCCCCAAGUGCCAGCUCGUCUCCCUGGCGGACCUGACGAUGAGCAUCCAGGGCGAGCAGAAGCUGGAGUCGGCGCCGCCGCCGGAGAUAGAGGCCUUCAGCGAAGGCUUCUCGGGCAACGGCCUCCACAUGAGGCUCGGGAGCGGGCGGGGCAAGGCCACUGCGAAACCGUUGCUGGCAGACGUGAAGAAGCGCAAGGCUGCCAAGGCUAAGACUGAGAAGCCCAAGCCGAAGGCCAAGCAGAAGGCUGAGAAGCCCAAGCCGAAGAAGCGGGCGCCGGCCAAACCGAAGCCGAAACCCAAGGCAAAGAAGUCGGCCGCUGCCAAGAAGACGGCCGCGGGGAGGAAGAAGGGCCCCGCGCCGAAAAGGAACAAGACGAAGACGACGACCGACAUCGCGCCCAUCUCUUGACAGAAGAAUGUAGAGAAUUCCGCCGCACACCGAACAGGAUCGCGCCCAUCUCUUGAUCGGAAAAAGUAAUUAAAAAAAAGGUAUUUCCGUCGACGACCCGACAUGGUUUUUCGUUCUUUUGUUCCGGAAAGCGUGAGAUGCGUGCAAGGUGUGUCUCCUAUAGCUGGAGAUUUGAACGCCUCCACCCCCGUUGACAAGGAGGAGCUCGGUGAAUAGGCUCGAGACUGCUCGCGUCAUGUUGUUGUUUUUUUGCCUCGGGAUCCGGUAUGGAAGGAGGAAGACAAUUCUUAGUGUCAGUGCUUAUGUUUCCUCGUUAAGAAUAUGCAUAUAUUAGUGCGUUUUCUACGUGCACGUUCCUGUUUUUUUUUUUUUGACAAAUACAAAUCCCUUUUUUUCCUUUCAAGAAGAAGCAACUACACAGCUGGUUUUUUGACGUGGAGUGUAGCCGUAAGUGACGGUGGUGUGUGGUGUUGCGUGGUGUGGUUGUGUAGCGAUGCGAGUUGGACGGACUCCUGCUCUUGUCGUGCGUUAGGGAACAAGCCGGCGGUUUUCGUCGAUCCCCCGCAUCUCUUGCCCGACUUUUUUUGUAGCUUGCAGAAGAUUCGGCUGUAUGCACGGCCUGCAAUCGUGUUUCUGUUGUGAUGAGCAUCUUCAGCUGUACGUUGUGCGCGCGCCGUUGGCUGUUGUAAGAAUAUGCCUUUGGCGGCGCAACAGAUAGUGACAAUCCUGUAUGUUUGGUGAGAGUCCGUCCCGUUUGGUUGCACAAGCACUGCGUUGGUAGUUAUGCACGUAUCGCGGGGUGAAAGGACGAGGAAAGGAUGUCGGGCGAUGAUCAUCGCUUUCUUCUGCGUUCGUGGCAGUGCGAAAAGAUGGAGACGGCACUUCAUCCUGCACACACAAACGUGUGUUGCGCAGUUAUUUUAUUUCGCAAUUUGUGAGUGUAUGCUGUACCAUGUGGUGAGACUGAUGGUUUUCGCCGUAAAACUAUCCAACAAUGCGCCUAUUUGAACGUAUCUCAGGGCAGAUGAUGGUGGUAAGUGCAAGAAAAGAAGCGACUCCUUUGGUGUCUAGCGUGUGUAGAGAUGAAUGACGAGGCAUGGCCAGUAGCUUUUUUAGGUUGCGUGUGUCGGACUGGGUGUAAGAGUGGCGGAAUUUAUUUCAUGUUAGCGGGGUCAGCAUAAUUACGACUUGUAUCAGAGACUU